AAAUUAAUUCAUAAAUGCAUCAAGAAAAAGAAAUCUCGAAAAAUUGGUUGAGGGUUGACCCUUUUGACUGUCCAAUUUUGAAAGAUGGACCAAAGCAUUAACCUGAAAAAUUUAGCGAAUAUAUUGAAUUAAAGGAUGAUAAUGAUAAAGUGAUAGGAUUUCUAGUAAAUCAAUAAUAGUAUUUUUUUGAUGAAGAUGGAGGGUAUGAAUGUAAUUUAGGUGUAUAGAUGGAGAGAUGAAAAUGGUUGUUAUUAUGAUAAAGAUGGUUAACCAGCUGGAUGGUUUGUUUUACAUCCAGGCGAUAUUUAUCAUGAACAUUUCUAUGAUCAAGAUGGUUUGUAUGUACCAACAGAUAUUGAAAAUGAUAAAAUUUCAGAUGAUGAUAAAGACAGUGAUUAAUUGGAAGUUUAAGAAAAUGAUAUUAAUAGUUAUGAAACAUCCUGAAAUAUAUCUAUUGAUUUUCAUAUAUUUAUGGAGCAU